GAGCGAAAGGAGAAACUCCGCGUUAGUUCAUGCGCCGGAAAGUAACUGCUAGAAGGUAGCUAGGUGGGCUAAUGUUUAGCUUUAAUCAGAGGAGGUACGCACUUUUCCCCAACAGUUCAGAUGGCUGUACGCUGGCUAUGCAGCCUGUUUGGGAAGCCCUUUGAUGGUGGGAAGAGGAUGGACCAUGGCGGCCCACAGCAGCAGCAACAGCAUCCAAUGGAGCAGCAGCAGCAGGCGUAUUAUGCGCAGCACCCUGCCAUGAUGCGGCUGUACGAGGUCCAGAAGGAGGUGGCGUCUCUGGGGCCUCAGGUCUGCACCUUCAGCGGCCUGCAAAACGACCGUGACUACAAGCGUCUGGAGCGCGAGCUGACGCGGCUGCUGCUGGACGUGGACCAGGUGGACACGGAGGGCAAACCGGAGCUGCAGGGGGCACGAAAGAGAGCAGCACAGGAGGUGGAGGGCCUCCUGCGUUACCUGGAGGAGAACAGCUCUCAUCCAUCCCGCCUAGCCAUCGAGGAGCUGAGCAACGAGGCGCGGCGGCUGGUGGACGAACGCAUUGUGGCACCUCAACGUGGCGGCGGGGUGGCCGAAAUCAACGACGAGCUGGUGGAUGCUCUGCAGGAGCUCGUGCUGAGGCUCACCCAAGUCAAGACCGAGGGGAGGGUGCCGCUCCGCAAGGCACGCUACCGGGCGCUGACACGCCUGUGCGCCGUACAGGAUGUGUUCGAAGGGCGCACGCAGCAGCAGACCCUCUCCCUGCCGCUGUCGGGGGACACCCACGAGGCCGUGCACUGCAUCAACCAGGUGAUGGUGAAGGUGAGCGUGGCGCGCAGUCAGCUGGUGGCUCUGCUGAUGGGUCUGAGUGGGAGGGACAGCUGCGCCCACCUGUCACGAAUCCUGACGGAGAUGCAGGUGGAGCUGGACGCGCUGGAUGUUUCUGGAAACGCAGCAAUCAGAAAUUACCGGAAACAGGUUGUGGAGGAGAUUAACGGGCUGCUGAAACAUCUGGACCUGGAGGGGGAGGGAGACGACACGCGCAGGUACGACUUGGCGCAGAACAACUCCAUCCGUGAGAUCGAGGCGGUGCGAGCUCACGUCUGCCACCUGCGAGAGGGCGUCCUGCGGCACUGCGUGAUGGGGGAUCUGAGCUUCAGGCCCAAAGCUGAGCUGCAGAGCCUCCUCACUCACCUGGACCAAGUGGACACGGCCAAGAAUCCGUGCAUCAGAGAGGCCCGCCGCCGCGCCGUGGUGGAAGUCCAAGCCAUCAUCACAUUCCUGGACCUCCGCGAGGCCCUGGUCUGCCGCCAGCCGGGCCCCAGUGAGCACCCGUCGCACCGGGCCGUGUGGCUUGUCCUGGGGAGCCUGUCGGACCUGCAGGCCCAGGUGCUGGGCUUCGAUGGCAAGCGGGCCGACAAGAGCUACAUGAUGCUGGAGGAGCUGCUGACCAAACAGCUGCUGGCGCUGGACGCCGUGGACCCGCAGGGAGACGAGACGACCAAGAUGGCACGGAAGCAGGCGGUGAAGUUUGCCCAGAACAUUCUCAACUACCUGGACAUGAAGACGGACGAGUGGGAGUAUUGACAGCGUGGACAGCGUGGCAGCCAUGUUGCUGGUCGGGCGGGGACGUCGCUUCAGGAAGGAAAUGAUAAUGUGUGUAAAUAAAAAAAGAAAAAAAAAGAAAAA